AUUUUCACAAUACCUAUCUUAAAAUUUUAUUUGAGAUGGAUGCUGUCAAUGUUAGUUAGAAAAACCUGUCUCUCCAAAUACUGAAGAGUUUAUUCAUAAUAUGAAAUCCAAAAAGAAAAACAACGAGGAAAACCUGCCUAUGGAAGAAUUAGAACGACGUAACGAAAGACGGGAAAGAAAUAAAAUCGCAGCUGCCAAAUGUCGUCAAAGGAGGGUUGACAGAAUUAACUAUUUGACACAGAAAACUGAUAAUUUAAGAAGCAUUAAAGAUAAAUUAGAGGAGGAAUAUCUUAAACUUCAAGUUAUUGAAAAAGAAUACCAAAACCUAUUAAAAACUCAUAAAUGUGUCUAUAAGUCUACCAAUGAAGAAGAAAAUAGUUUUUCAAACUCUCUUAUUCCAAUAUCAAAUCAAAAUAUAACAGAUGAUGGUUUAUUAAAAAAGGAUGAUCAUCUAGAUAACUCAAAAAUUAAAAAUGAACAACCAAAAAAACCAGAUAGGCCUAAAACAUUAAAUAUUAAGGAUAAUUUUGUUGCAGAAACAAUUAAAAAUGAUGAAUUAGAACUUGAACUUAACUGUGUUGAUUUUAAAUAUAUCCCAAAUCUAAAAUCUAACUUUAAUGAUAUUAAACAAAAUACAUUUCAAAAUUUUGCAACACCAACUUUUAAAACUCCAAUAUUUCAUUUUCCUGACUUAAUUAGCAGCAAUACAAGUAUUCAAGAUAGCUCUCAAUAUAAUUCUAAUAUGUUUAAAGAUGAAAUAAAUGAUAUUAAUACUCCUACAAUAUUCUCAUUUCAGAAAUAUAAUUCUAAUCUACAUACUGGAUUAACUCCACUUACCAGUGCUCUACCACCAGUUUAUUUUUCUGAAGAUAUUAAAAUUAAUAAAGAUAAUAUGUCAUGUAAUACUUUGGUAUCAUUAUAAUGAUAGUUAAAAUAUAUUGGAUUUUAAAAAAAAUAUUGUAAUAUAUUUCUAUGAGUUAACUUUCACCCCUCCAAUUUUGAUAAAAUUUCCUGAGAAAAGUAGGGUUAUAAUAACUAUGACUCAAUCAAAAUUUUAACCUC